UAAUCCCUCGAACAGAUCAGGAGGUACCAGCCUGAUGCGUUUAUUCAUCGAUAGUAUUAUACCGUUUCUAUAUCUGAUUUUUAAUUGAAAUGCAGUGUAUUAUUUAUUUAAAAAUGCUACAGUGAUAUAUUAAAUCGCGCGAUCAAAUUUUAGUGAAGUUUUGAGGUUUAUUGAUUGAUAUAUUUGGAGAGAGAGAGAGAGAGAGUGUUGAUUAAGUGGUGUAAUAAAUUGAAUCUUCUUGUUCUAACGUUUUUAAUGAGUGAAAAAUCAAAGAUUGACAAGAAACUUUGGAAAUAUAAUCCUUGAAGAACUAGUAGCAAUUAAAGAAAAUUAAUUUCAAUGUAUACGAGGAUAUCAACGAUUUUUUUCAUAAAUGUUACUAGCCAGAUAUUCUGAAUAUUGUUUGAACAAAACGACUUCAAGAUGUCCGAUAAACAGCUCGAAAAAUCUGGAUCGUCGAAGAAAGCAAGUGACUCCGCGGAAAAUUCGAGAAUAUGUUCUUUCAGUAUUGAGAGAUUAUUAGCUCCAAACAAGAAACAUGAAGAAGAGAAUAAGAUUGGACAGCAAACCGAUUUGUCAUUACUUUGUCAAGAAAGUAAUGACUCCGAGACGAGAAUGCUUGUUGCACCCGAUUCAUCCAUGUCAAUGGCAGAGGAAAUUGAGCUUGACGAUACCGACAUUGUAUACUCAACCUCUCCCGAGCCAGAGAUGUAUUAUGAAGCGUGCACCAGCAGUAGCGGUGGUGCAAAUUCAACUACAAGCGCGGACAGAGAUGUUCAAGAAAAGACCGCCGGCGCUAUUAGUGACGACGAAAGGAAGAAAAGGCCACGCACAGCGUUCACUGCUGCGCAAAUUAAAUCUCUGGAGACGGAAUUCGAAAGGAACAAAUACUUGAGCGUGGCGAAGCGGCUGCAGCUGAGCAAAAACUUGAAGCUCACGGAAACGCAAAUAAAGAUAUGGUUCCAAAAUAGACGAACCAAAUGGAAAAGAAAGUACACUAAUGAUGUCGAAUUAUUGGCACAGCAAUAUUACUCGAGUCUAGGAAUUCCAGCUCCACGACCUAUUUUUGUUGGUGAUCGCUUAUGGUUUUUUAAUUACCCGGGACAACCACAACCAGGAGUGUCAUUGAUCCCCCAACAUUUAACACCGUUGCCUUUGCCUCCUGCAUUACCAGUUAUUCAACCAUUGCCCAGUAAUUUGUCGACGAGACAACAAACAUCUAUUUACCAAAAUGUACCGAUUAAUCAUCUCGCGCACCAUCUUACUCAAAAAUUGGACUUCAGGCAUCAAGAUGCUUAGUUUCAGAUAAAAUGCAAAUAAAUAGCAGCGCUGUGCAAGA